CCUCACCCCAUCUCCUCCCUGCUCGUCGCCCUCCGCCUCGCAGGUCAUGGCAGCCCCGGGCGACAGAUUGGAGCCGCCGCCGCUCCCCGAGUACAGCUGCAGCUAUGUGGUGUCGCGGCCGGUCUACAACGAGCUCUCCUUCCAGCAGCAGUACGAGCAGCGCCCGAAAGAGCGCAAGACGCUGAGAGAGAACCUGGCCCAGGGCUGCAGUUGUUCAAGAAAGAGAACCCUUCGCAUAGUGAAGACUCUCCUGCCCAUCUUGGACUGGCUUCCCAAAUACCGGAUCAAGGAAUGGCUACUUAGUGAUAUCAUUUCAGGAGUUAGUACUGGUCUAGUGGGAACACUUCAAGGCAUGGCGUAUGCUCUACUAGCUGCUGUUCCUGUCGGAUAUGGUCUCUACUCUGCUUUUUUCCCUAUCCUGACGUACUUUAUUUUUGGAACGUCAAGACACAUCUCAGUUGGACCUUUCCCAGUGGUCAGUUUAAUGGUGGGCUCUGUUGUUCUGAGCAUGGCCCCCGAUGAACACUUUCUCGUAUCCAGCAGUAACGGAACUGCACUGAAUACCACCGUGAUAGACUUUGCAGCUAGAGAUGCAGCAAGAGUAUUGAUUGCGAGCACCCUUACUCUUUUGGUUGGAAUCAUACAGUUGAUAUUUGGAGGUUUGCAGGUUGGAUUCAUAGUGAGGUAUCUGGCAGAUCCUUUGGUUGGUGGAUUCACAACAGCUGCUGCCUUCCAAGUGUUGGUCUCACAGCUAAAGAUCGUCCUCAAUGUUUCAACCAAAAACUAUAACGGAAUUCUCUCCAUCGUCUAUACACUGGUUGAGAUUUUUCAAAAUAUUGGUAACACUAAUCUUGCUGAUUUCAUUGCUGGCUUACUCACCAUUAUCAUCUGUAUGGCGGUUAAGGAAUUAAAUGAUCGAUUUAAACACAAAAUCCCAGUCCCUAUUCCUAUAGAAGUGAUUGUGACAAUAGCAGCUACUGCCAUUUCGUAUGGAGUUGACCUGCAAAAAAAUUAUAAUGCUGGCAUUGUUAAAUCCAUCCCAAGUGGGUUUUUGCCUCCAGCAAUGCCAUCUGUGAGUCUGUUUUCUGAGAUGCUGACUGCAUCAUUUUCCAUCUCUGUGGUCGCUUAUGCCAUUGCAGUGUCUGUAGGAAAAGUAUACGCCAUCAAGCAUGAUUACACCAUCGAUGGGAAUCAGGAAUUCAUCGCCUUUGGAAUCAGCAACAUCUUCUCUGGAUUAUUCUCUUGCUUUGUGGCUACCACUGCCCUGUCCCGCACCGCUGUCCAGGAGAGUACUGGGGGAAAGACACAGGUUGCCGGCAUCGUCUCGGCUGGGGUCGUGAUGAUCGCCAUCGUCGCCCUGGGGAAGCUGCUGGAACCCCUGCAGAAGUCAGUCUUGGCAGCUGUUGUAAUUGCCAACCUGAAGGGGAUGUUUAUGCAGGUGUGUGACGUUCCUCGUCUGUGGAGGCAGAAUAAGACUGAUGCUGUUAUCUGGGUAUUUACGUGCAUAGCAUCCAUCAUUCUGGGACUGGACCUCGGUUUACUAGCCGGCCUUGUGUUUGGAUUUCUCACUGUGGUCCUGAGAGUUCAAUUUCCGUCUUGGAACAGUCUUGGAAGUAUCCCUAGCACAGACAUCUACAAAAGCACCAAGAAUUACAAAAAUAUUGAAGAACUUGAAGGUGUGAAGAUUCUGAGAUUUUCUAGUCCUAUUUUUUACGGCAACGUCGAUGGUUUAAAAAAAUGUAUCAAGUCCACAGUUGGAUUUGAUGCCAUUAGAGUAUAUAAUAAGAGGCUGAAAGCACUGAGAAAAAUACAAAAGCUCAUCAAGAAAGGGCAGUUAAGAGCAACAGAGAAUGGCAUUAUAAGUGGUGCUGGUUCAUCAAAUAAUGCUUUUGAGCCUGAUGAAGACAUUGAAAAUCCAGAAGAACCUGAUAUCCCAACCAAGGAAAUAGAGAUCCAAGUGGAUUGGAACUCUGAGCUUCCAGUCAAAGUGAAUGUUCCUAAAGUGCCAAUCCAUAGCCUCAUACUUGACUGUGGAGCCGUCUCUUUCUUGGAUGUUGUUGGAGUGAGAUCAUUGCAUGUGAUUGUCAAAGAAUUCCAAAGAAUUGAUGUAAAUGUGUACUUUGCAUCACUUCAAGAUCAUUUGAUAGAAAUGCUGGAGAAAUGUGGCUUCUUUAAUGAUAACAUCAGGAAGGACAUAUUUUUUAUGACUGUCCAUGAUGCUGUCCUCCAUCUCCAGAACCAGGUGAAAUCACAAAAGGUUCAAGAUUCCAUUUUAGAAACGAUCGCCCUCAUCCAAGACUGUAAAGAUCCUCUUGAAUUAAUGGAAGCAGAAAUGAUUGAAGAAGAACUUGAUGUCCAAGAUGAGGCUAUUCGAAGACUUGCUUCCUGAAAUUGAGCUCAGGAGGUCACUCUAAGCAAAGACUGACUGCAUGGCAGAAUUUCCCCACCGUGUAAUUCUAUGCAAAUAUUUUCUGCAUUGACUAUUUUCUUUGAACUUGAAAUACUCAUUCUUUUUCCAGUAGACUUUAAAAAAUCUUCUUUUUUAACCUCUUAACCACUGAAAGAGAAGCACAAAGAUUGUUUCUAGGCUUUAUUUAUAAAAUGAGUAGUUUACUUCUAAAAUGUGCAACGUGGUCAAGAGAGUUUAGCAGUUUGCAGGAUCUGAGGGAACCAUGCUGCUGCUCCUACAACAGAUUUGCUAGGAGUGUUCAUGUGGGUACAUGUGUACUUCUGUGCAGCUGGGGAAAGGGUCACCCAACAGUCUCUGUGGGCAGGUAAGUCAGUAACGGUUAUCCUGUAAAUGUAUUUCUGAUUGACCUUGAUACCUAUGAGCUGCUCUGAUCACAGUGUAAGGUCACAGUGAGUAAAGGCUGAAUUAUUAGUGUACUUAUCAGUAAAGGUCUUUAGAAAUCCCUUUUGGUAAAUGCAUCCAAAAAAUUUUAAAAAUACAAACUUGGUUAAUGAAGUAUUACUAUAUGUGACCAGAUAUGUAGCUAGAAUAAAGGAAAUGUUUAUUUAAAUGCUAUAGAAUUGACUCAGAGAAGUGAAGUGAUAAGAUUAUUGUGGUUUAUUAAUAUCAUUUUUCAAUAUAAUAAGCAAAACUCCCAAAUAAGAUCCAGUAAAAAUACAUGAUACACUAUCUAUAGUUGAAAAAUGCAGUUUUAAUUUACCUUAGUUUAUAGAAAUGAGCAUUGUGUAGAGUAUAUUUAAGUAUGGUCUAUUUAAAAUCUAACAGAAAAAUUGUGUUAUUUUGAACAAAAAUCAAUUUUAAUAUGUUCAUAAGACCAUGAUGACUAAAACAAGUUUAUAUUUUUUGUUAAAAUGUUAGCAAGUAUGUGAAGCGAUCUGUAACUAAAUUCUAAACACCUUUCAAAAAAUCUAAAAAGUGAACUGCUUAUGUGUAUAUAUAUGUGCAUAUUGAUUAAGACAAAGCAUUCUAAAUGAGCUUAGUAUCAAAGGAAAAAAGUUGGUUUGGAAUAUACACAUUGAAAAUAUAUGUUUUUAAAAAUCCAUAUGUUAAGCCAAAAAAUAUUUUUUACUUAACCUUUUCUGAGGGCCAACAAUUUUCUAGGCAUUGUGUAUAAUAUAUUGGCUUUGGUCCUGUGGACUGGUUGCAUGUAUUUUACACUGGACUGAAUGAAGUUGUACUUCAUUUCUAGAGAAAAAUACUCAGGUUUUCAACUGAGAUAAUGUCUUAACUUGACUGAGAAUGGUAUUGUAUUUCUGGCACAGAUGUGUGGAGUUCCUAAAGGCAUUUGGCUAUCCAAAGGCAGCAUAUCUUAUCUCUGGUUUUCUUAAAUAUAAUCAGAAAUAAGGUCUCUACUUCUGAAGAAAUGUCAUUAGUGAUCAGAUCAAAUUGGCUGACUAAAAAGCAUCCUUCUCUUCCUUCUACCCCCACUACAUAUUAGAAUUUCAGUGAGUUAUAGUGGCCUGUGAUGUUACAAUAGUCUUUGAUGCUCAUGAGUUAUACUGUCUUUAAUUGAUAGGGAACAGAUUUCUCACUUAGUUGGAUACAACAUAACCAGGAUUGUCAUGUUAUCUCAUUAUUACAGUAAUACUUUUCUAUAAUGGCAACAAGUUAUAGCUCUAAAGACUGAAUGUAAUAGUCUUGCAGAAAAUGGAUGAAUACCUCUGUUCAAUAGAGGAAAUAUGCACUGCUCUCUCUCUUUUUUUUUUUAAGUCAAAGGAAAUACCAAAGUUACAUUUUAAAGGCUAGAGUUUUGUAAGAUCUUGGGUCCAUUUGUGGCUAUAUAAGACCACAGUCUAUUUGACUUGUUUCCCAAGCACACUCUAGUAAUUUCGUCUCUUUAUGCAUCUUGUGAAUAGUAAACAUAAUUUUAAUUCUAUAUUUUCAGUAGAAAUUUUACUUGAAAUUAAAGCUUUUGUUAUGUUUUUAACCUAUAGGAUAAAAUUCUACUAUUGUAUAUGAAUUUCAACAAGUGAAAAAGUCAAAUCAUGUACAUAUGGAAAUAUUUGCACAUAUUUUUUAUGAAAAAUAAUGUUACCUUUUAAACUACUCUGAUGUGUCCCUUCUGGACAAAACUAUUAAAUAUAAUAAAAAUGCUAAA